CGUGACUUGGCCUGGUGAGUUCCUCAUCUCCUCAUCUCCAAGGAGAGAUCAUAUUAUUACUACUGAGGUUUCUUCUCUGCCAUCCCGCUUUGCGUUGGUGAAGUCUACGUUGUUCUGUUUUUUACGCCAAUAUCUGACAGAUACCUUAUUCCUCAGGCAAUAAAGGCCCAUCAGCGGCAACCUUCCGCUUCUUAUCUUGUGGACAGCUCCACCGCCUCGCUUUACUCUCGAUCUCCCCAAAUCUCGACUGUGUUUGUGUGAAGGCCCAUACUAUUAUACCAGCUUUAGUAGCUUUAUUGUUUUCCGCACCGCGCUCUCUUCAACUACCUGAACCUCUUAUAGCCCAAGAUCUACCCACGCAAUACAUAAAAUCAGCUAGCUCACCAUGCCAUCGUUUAUGGAGGAUCUGUGGUCGAGCAUCUUUACUGCGGGCCCUACUCCAACUCUCCUCCUUGCGACAAACGCCACCUUUGCCGCCUUGCAGACCCUCCUCUUCAUUCUUCUUCUAGCUACAUACAGCAUUCAUUUCGCUAUCCUAUCGAUUCUCUCGGGUGCACUUUGGUAUUCGAUCAACUGGUUUGCUCAGGAGUUGAAGCAGGUUCAGGCACAAACAACGGGGGAGGAUACGCUAUCGGAAAAGGCAGCCGCGGAGACCAAGCAGAGUGAUGCGAAACCCCGGGGCGUGGACGGCGCUGAUAGUGACACGGAAACAGAAAACUUAGGGGAACGAAAGAGUGCGGGUGAUCCUAGUUCGAGCUCACAACCGGCUACUGCGUCCACGUCACUCGGCGUCCCAGGAAGCUCGAGUGAAAUUCGAAAGCGCCCUAGUGUGAGCGGCGACAGCUCCGGGUAUACGAGCACCGAUA